AAAUUAAAGGUUUCCAGUGAUUUAUCCUUAGUUGUAUGUGAUCGAUCUUGCACAUGAUUAAACUAUCUCAGUCAUUCCAAUGUGACCUGCGUCCGCCAUACCGUUUUGAUAGGACUGCACGGCUACAACAUCCACAAGACCAGCGCGCGCGCAAGAGCGCACUCCAGUCAUCAGCCAAGGCAACCUACGCGUGGUGUUCGGGUAUCAUCAUCGUUAGUACAAUAGUCACUUUGAACAACGCAGCACUUGCCACAAAGAACUAAAAAUGGCAGAGGAUAUUGCGACUAAGCUCCAGAACUACCGCACUGCUCCCUUCGAUGCCAGAUUCCCCAAUCAAAAUCAGACAAGGAACUGCUUCUACAACUAUCUGGAUUAUCAUCGCUGCCAAAAAUCCCUGGACGCCAAAGGAGUCGACACUGCCCCGUGUGACUGGUAUAAGAGGGUCUACAAAUCACUGUGCCCCAUUUCCUGGGUCCAGAAAUGGGACGACCAGAGGGAGCAGGGGACCUUCCCAGGGAAAAUUUGAAUGGCAUCUCCAAAGAAGUGUACUUCAUGGCAAUAUGUUUGUAUGAGUAGGACUCCAGGUCGGUCGUCCACUACUCCUCUGGAAUGUGAGCAGAGUAUAACUGAAAACCGUAGUCAUUCCUUAUCAAAGAGAAUAAUUGUGUUGCAGAUUCUGCAUUAAAGUGUCUUGGGCGAUAUUUAUCAAA